UGGGCGUGUCCUCCGGCGCCAUAGUGAACGCCUCAAUUGCGGCUCUUCUCCUGAGCGUAAAAAAAACCCCAUCCACAUCAGACAAGAAGGAGAGACACGCCCGGUAUCCGUCCCCUCUUCUCGCCGGUUGGUUGUCGGUCAUGGCGGCUCUUGGAGGUUUUCGCUGCGGCUGUUUGCUGUUGGCACUGCUGCUUCCUCUGCAAGUCCUGUCUCAGGGCCUGGAUCUGGCAGAUGCGCUGGGUGAUGACAACAUUAAAACCACCACUCCAAAGCCAGUAGGCACCAAGGCUCCUAUCAAGCCCAAACCCAAACCAGCUGAUGAUGACUUUGACCUGUCUGAUGCCUUGGACCCCAACAAUGACAUUGGUAACAGGGACAAGAACAAGGGGCAGAGUGGAGGAGGAUUUUCCGACAGCGACCUAAUUGAUGUCAGCAAAGAUGACAACUACAAGCCCGACAAAGGCAAAGGUGGACGACCAAGCGGCGACCGUGAUCACAUUAACCAGAAUGACGACAAAACCGAUACCACAGCAGAAGUGGGCACCAUCGCGGGUAUUGGUAGUGCCGUCGUUAUGGCGCUGGUGGGCGCUGUCAGUAGCUACAUCUCUUACCAGAAGAAGAAAUUGUGCUUCAGCAUACAACAGAGCUUGAAUGCUGAGAUGGUGAAGGCUGACAACCCAGAUGCUGUGGUGGCAACAGAACCACAAGUCCAACAAACGCUUCUGGAGCCAGCCAGUGCUGAACCCCGCAUAGAAGAGAAUGUUGUGUAGCUCAAACACACACACACACACACACGGAUCAUAUGUAGGAGUGCACUGUGUUGCAGAAAUGAUGAAUUAAUGAAGUAGCUAACCUUGUCGGAAUAUUGAUUCCCAGCCACCAAUGUAUUUUUAAAAAGGGUGAGGAUCCAUAUUCAGGAUUUUUUGACUGACAUAUCCUACUAUUUAAACAACAAUUUCCUAUUUGAACCACAUAUACUAACUCACAGCCACUGCUAACUGGAUAAUAUUUGACUAUAACUACAUUAAUAAUGCGUUAGCAUCAUUAAUGUUUGACUGAUGACUGAUUAAGGUGUUGUAAUUCCUGCAAAAUGUGACAUUUAUUUAUUUAUUUCUGUUAUUGCAAACAUUUGUUGUGUAAUUUUUGCUGCUUUUUUUUAAAAGAACAAAAAUAACAGUUAACAGUACAGUAGAAGGAACAGGUACUGGAGCUGCUUCUUCGAAAACAGGGGUGUCCAAACUUUUUCCACAGAGGCCCACAUACUGAAUAUCAAAGAAUUUUUAUGUAUUUCAAAAUUUUGUAAAAAGGCUUAUAAAACCUUAAUUAAAAUUUGUAUCAAAUUUAUUUCAGCUUAUUUUAUUUUGAAAUUUCCUUCUUGUUCAUUUUUCCGGGUUCUUUGGUUGAAUUCUACAAUGUGUCACCGGCCAAUAAAAAUCAAGCUGUGGACCACUUUGGAUGCCCCUGUUCUAAAAUGUAAAUAAUUUUUUUUUUGCCAACUUUGCCUCUCACAGCAAUGCCCCCAUAACGGACGUGUAGAGAAGUUUGGAUGAUUAUUGAUUGUUUUUCCCGGUGAGGCAAGAUAAAACAAAGUUCAAAAGUUCGUUUAGCUGACUAGAAUGGACAUUUAGUUUGACUGUAGCUGCAAUAUUUAGCUUUAGCACUGUGGUACAACAACAACAAUAAUGGCUGUGUCUCAAAUGGAACACUUCAGUCAGUGCACUUCCAUAAGUAUCCACUCUACACUGUGUACUUAGUAACCGAGUGCACUAAGUCCCAAAACUAUUAAUGUUGUUACGCAUGGAAAUAAUCGCAAUAUUUACUCACGUCAACGCUCCUUUUUAAUUGCAACCACUCAAGUUAGUGCCUCCCCUACCACUAUGGAGCCAAGAUGGCGACUAUUGACAUAAUCAUAAUAUAUUAAUAAGUGUCCAUCACUACACACUGACUGUUGCGGUUGUUUUGAAUGCUAGGUACCGACAGUGCCUGACAUUUUAUCGUAUUCUGUGCGAACCCAUUCAUGCACUCACAAUGCGAAAUGGAAGUACGGAAGUUCGACGCAUAUUGUGACACAGCCAUUUUGGUGUUUAACCUUUAACCUCCUCGUUUUUUACACUUUUUACCUUUUGCUAAGAGUGUUCUGGACUGCCUUUCGCAAUGUAUCCGCUAUUUACUGUCAUUUUAGAGCUCUGAUAGAAUCAUCAUAAUCAUAACUCAUAUUAGCGCCAGUGUCGUUUUCUCUUGCUGCAAAUUUGGAUUUGACCAAAGAUGGCUGAUUUAAAAGUGACUUUCAGAAUCACAUGCUUGCACACGAGGCACUAAAGAAUGUAACAAAUUGAUUGAUGAGUGAUUUGGAUUGAAAGUGUAGCAUUUAUGCACCUCCGACCUUACAAAUAAUGUGUCUCACUUCCUGGUGCACUUGUUUACUAAACCAUUGGAAGUCACGCCAUGACAUUUUAUCAGCACAAUGGUACAUUUCCUAUACUUGCACCUGUACAAUCUGCUUCCUGUGUGUAAAUAUGACAUCAUGUACAUAUUGUCGAGCGAUUUGGACAACAAAAUGUUCCGAUCUUUCAUCAUUUUGUGUCCAUGGUCCCUCUUUUAUUCCAACAUCUUUCACUUCAUGCCAACAGUAAGCACUCGUAGAAUAAAUAAAGCCUUUGGGGAAGACUGA